AUGGCUGACUCUGGUGGGCUUGUCACCACACUAUCGACUUCGACCCAGUCCUUCCUCCAACCUUCAUCCUCUCUCCACUCCGAGGUCUUGGCCUAUGUGAAAACGAUUCUGGACCCUCUGGCUGCCAAUGUCGCAGCUGCGCAGAAGUCGAGGCGAGACGUCAACAGGAAAAAGAGAAAGCGGAGUGAUGUUGAGCGAGAAGAGGAGGUUUUGCAGUUGCGUCAAGUUUAUACGGAUGGCCUCGGGGUAAAGCAGGUAUGGGAGCAGACGAGAAGGAUCUUGGAUGCUUCUUGUAAAGAGACAGAGAGGGACAUUGCUCUUCACAAAACUCGAGUGCAGCCAGAGUCGCAGGAGCAGAUCGCUAGCAAUGGCCACGACACGGAUGAAGUUGAGGCUUCGCAUGGGUCAGAAGAUGAGGAUGAAGAUGAGGUGUUCGACGACGAGGACAUGCAGGACGACGUGCUAGAGGACGAGGACCUCGAUGAAGAGGACAGUGCAGAAGAGUUUGAUGAUCUCGAAGAUGUUGAGGAUGCCGGGACGGGAGAUUCUACGUCUGAAGCCGAUCAAGAGGAUCCCGGAACAUAUGUGCAAGACCCAAAUGGUCUCAACGAUGGCUUUUUCUCCAUCGACGACUUCAACAAGCAGACCCAAUUUCUCGAGCAGCAGGAUGUUCGCGGUGAAGACGACAAUCCGAGCGAUGAGGAUGAGAUCGAUUGGGAUGCAGACCCCUUAACCAUGGCUUUCCACAAACCGAAGGCGACUUCUGCCAGCCAAGACAGGGAAGGAAAAGGCCUUUCGGAUGUUGAAGAAGAAUCAGACGAAGAAGACGGCCCAACGUUUGGGGACGCCGACCUCAAUGCCGAAGAUACCGACGACGAUAUGAUGAGCCAGGGCGAGGAAGCUCUCGACGCCGGCGUCGACGGCCUGCAAAACACCAAUGAGGUUCGCUACUCCGAUUUUUUCGCGCCUCCGCCCAAGAAAUUAUCAAAGACAACGCGGAUGCGGGCAUUACCGAAGACUCAACCGACUAAGCGACCCCAAGCCCCUGAUGAGGACUUCGAGGGCGAUAUGCAGCGAGCAAUUUCAGAUGUUCGACGUGACCUUCUUGAGUCAGAGGAAGAAGAUUCUGACUUGGAAUCCGGAAGUGAUAUGGAAGGCGUGAGAAGGUCAAACCAGAACAUGUCUACGCAUGAGAAGCAGCGAGCAGCCAUCGCAGCUGAAAUCCGCCGCCUUGAGGCAGCCAACGUGGCUAAAAGAGACUGGACACUCUCGGGAGAAGCACGCGCUGCAGACCGCCCACUCAACUCUCUGAUCGAAGAAGAUCUAGAGUUCGAACGAGUUGGUAAGCCUGUGCCCGUAGUCACCGCCGAAGUUUCGGAAGGCAUCGAACAAUUGAUCAAACGACGCAUUUUGGCUCGGGAAUUUGACGAGGUUGUUCGCCGCCAUCCUGACAGUCUGGGCGCCGCCAACCAAACGCGCAGAGGCCGAGUGGAACUUGAUGACACGAAGCCGCAGUCUGGCCUUGCAGAAAUUUAUGAGCAAGACCAUCUCCGUGCUACAGAUCCAGGCUACGUCGACAGGAGGUCCGCGGCGACGAAGAAACAGCACGAAGAGAUCUCAAGGCUGUGGAAAGAGGUGUCAAGUCAACUGGAUCUCCUGAGCAAUCUACAUUUCAAGCCCAAGCGGGUGGAAGUUGAGAUCAAAACAGUUGAAGACAAACCCACCAUCAGCAUGGAGGAUGCAAGGCCAGUUGGAAUGGGUAUCAACGCGGAAGAAAGCAUGCUUGCACCUCAGGAGGUGUAUCGACCUGGCGAAGAGACGAAGAACAGGGGCAAUCUGGUUGUUCGCAAAGGGGGCGCAAGUGUAAGCAAAGAGGAAAUGACACGAGAAGAGAAAUUGCGCAAGAGAAGAAGGGAGAAGGAGCGGAUGAAGAAAGCACAAGGAAAUACAUUGACUUCAGGGUUUGGUACAAGUGCCAGAGGUAGAGACGGCGGCGUCAAGAAGUCGAAAGCAAAAACCAAAGAGCAAGAAAAGGCGGACAUCUUGUCUGAGCUCCGCAAAGGCAACGUCAAGGUUGUUGGAAAGAAGGGAGAAUUGCAAGACCUCGGCGGCAAGAAAGGGAGCAGGGGAGGGAUCCCUGCUGGCGGCGCAUUGGCAGGAGGAGCCUUGAAGUUGUAG